UUUGUGGCAUGGCGGUCACAAUGAAAACCAGAUCCAUGAUUUAUAAAUAUUUUUUUUUUUUUGUAAUUUGCUGGGUGAAUGUUGAAGCUGCACUCCCACAUCUGAAUGAUUGUGUCCACCUGGAUGAACAUCCGUUAGACUCGACAGACCCAAUCUCUAUAUUCGGUGCUAACAAUGAGAUAUCCGGACAUGCUAAACCAGUACGAGUUGGCAAUCUUCGUCAAUCCAGACCACUACCUACAGGCCAUUUUGUUACCAACCAGAUAAAGGGGACUCCCGUUCCAAUGCGACUCUUUCCAUUUGAAGCUAAUAUGGACAAAGGUGGAGUUACCUACGAUGCCUAUACAAUGGACAGGUGGAAUGAUCCAAAACGAACUGAUUUCAUGGAGCAGCAGUCUGCAUGGAAAGCUGGAGAACCAUGGAACAGAUUGGACUCAUUGGGAACAAACAUGAAACAAAUGGUAGCUGGACCGGAUGGAAAUCCUCUUGGCGUUUUCACAGGAAAAUCUGGUGUUAGGAUUGGUAUUACUGGCUCCGGAGAGCCAACAUUAACGGAUUUUGGUGACUUGUAUGCAAAUUUCAUGUUUCAUGGUAGCACAGGCACAAUGGAGGUGCCAGUUGUAAGAGGAGCUCCCUUGCCAACACACAUCAUCAAGAACGCUAAUCCGGUAGUCAAACCAUAUUGUUUGAGCUCCAUAAAUGGACAAAAGGUCAAUUUUGAUUGCCCCGGAGAGCCAUCAGCGGCUGAUGGUGGUAGCGGGUUUCUGUCAGGAGAAUGUCAUAGUGACAAUCUUCAUAUCACCCUGCAUAACACUAGACCCAUACCAGAUGUUACUAAGGUUCAGUGGGCAGCCCGAUCUGAACCUACGUGGUCGCAACGUGGAAUGACAACCUGUGAUUCCAACCAUUGUCACCUCUCGUCCGAUCGUAAAACUGUUUCUAUCACAAUACCACAUGCUUCAGGUAGCAUGGCGUUUGCUCUGAACUACAUUGGUCAUUAUGUAAUACCUUGGGCGUGGGGUGAUCACCCACAAAUAGCUCAGUGUGGGGGGAGUGGUAAGAGAUCAGAUAUAGAGAAGCGUAGUCCAGAAGAGAUUAGUCUGAAUGCAAAAUGUGAUCAUCAGCGAAAUCUAGAAAUCAGGGUUGAUGUCGGAGGCAAUAAUAUACCUGGAAUCAAUAAGAUCCAGUAUGCAGUAGAAACAACCAGUAACUGGAAGAGUAUGCCAGCAAUGCAUCAAUGUACCAAUUCUGCCUGUACUCGACAUGGAUCCGAAAUAACAAUCAAGACGAAAGUUAGUUCAGAUGUUGUUAGAGUUGCAAUUAACGUAAUUGGUUUCACAACCUUACCCAGAUCUCGUUGGUUUGAGGAUGCUUAUACAGUUCAUUGUGGUGGAGCUUCUGUUAACAGUGGGAAGACAGGAAACACGCAUAAUACCCACACACAGAGUCCACACUCUGGUUCAACACACAAACCUAAUAUUGUACACAACCUGGCAGCUAGUAAGAAAUUUGUGAUGGAGCUGAACGAACCAGGAACAGACCUUCCCCACCAGACUAGGAAGUUCGUCUUAUACUUUUCGGAAAGUGUUCAAGGAUCUGUGGAUCAAUCCAAUGGGAUAAUCACCUUUUCUCACUCCGGGAAACCUUACAGUGGAUUAGUACAACUAGGAUAUUUAGGGGCUGGUCCACGAGGAGAUAAGUCCCAUUAUGACUUUCUGGAUGCCCAUGCUGGCAUCUAUUCUUACAAACCCUACGUCUCGUUCUGUGUCAGUGAAUCGAGGAAUAAAGGCUAUAUGAGUUUCGACUGGAAUGCUAAAGACAGUUCAGGACGAGAGGCAAUGAACAAGAAGCUACUAAUGGUUGCAAUGCCACAUCACGUACUGCUAUUACAGAAGCAUCACGCUAAGGAAUUAAAAAACACCAUGUACGGGUUUAAAGGUUUUGAAGGAAACGACUGGUCUAUGGAACUCGAUCUACAACCAGCUUCUAUGGAACCUGAUUCUGGUGCUAUAAAUAGAAUAAAACACAGUUCACACGAUUUAAAGGAUAUAAAGGAUGCUAUUGCUAGAGAUGCAGCCAAUGUGAACCUAAACGCUGUGUGUCCACAUUCUGAUAGUUAUAAUGUUGGUAAAGCUUUAGGUUUGGUAUCUCGUUUGGCCAGUAUUUCCAGGGCGUUUGGAACCAACCAUUUCCACCAACUUGACUCUUCUCUCAAAUCAUGUUUAGAGAAAUGGCUUAGAAUUCAUGAUACACUUGAAAAUAAAUGGAAGUUCCACUAUGAUAACGUAUGGGGAGGAUUGUUUCUCCGGGCGACUGAUGGUGAUCUAGGUUACGGUACAGAUUAUGGUUUUCCUUAUUAUAACGAUCACCAUUUCCAUCUUGGAUAUUUUCUUUAUGCUAUCAGUUAUUAUGUUAAACACUACAAAUCUUGGGGACUUGCAAACAAAGCUAGGAUUUAUUCUCUGGCUCGAGAUGUUGGUAACCCGUCCAAUAAAGACAAGAGAUUCCCUGUAGCCCGACAUAAAGAUAUCUACACUGGCUUCUCCUGGGCAACUGGCAUUGUUCCUAAUGAUAGACAAGAGGAAUCUGCCUCUGAGAGCAUAAAUUGCUACCAUGGACUGGCGUCAUUAGGGGAGGCUUUUGGUGACAAAAAUAUGAAGCAUACAGGUCAGAUCCUUCUGGCAACAGAGAUACUGUCUGUUCGGGAGUAUUGGCAAGUGCGUCAACAUAAUCGACAACAUUUUCCCCCAAUACUACAACAGUUUGGUGUGGUUGGUCAGAUUGCUGAGAAUGCCUGGUAUGUUUACACUCUAGAUUGGGCCUGUGAUCCCAACAAGUUCCCAAUGAGACAUGGUUGUUUGGUGGGAAUUCAAGUCAUACCUAUCACUGCUGUAUCUAAAUAUUGGGUGGAUCAGGAAUGGGCUAAAAGCAUUAAGCAGACAUGUGACUGGGCGAUCAAUCCAAGUUCAGCUCCCAAAUAUAAACAGACUGAUCCCAGUGACAUGAAACAACUGGCAGUGGGAUGGAAAGCAUUCUGUUAUGCAGCUGUUGCUCCUUUGGACUCAAAUCACAGACAAAAGGCAGUAGAGUAUCUACGGGAUAAAAAACCACAAGAUUUGGUUGGAGGGACUGGAUCAGCUAGUACUUUGCUGUUCAUACUCGGCUCCACAUAACAUAUUUAAAUUAUUAAUAAAUUAGGGAAAAAGC